AUGCGUGCCUGGUACAUGGCUGAUAUUGAGACUGCUACUGACAAAGAUCCUCGACUUGAACAUGCCUUGAUUCCUCCACAGCCUGUUGCCGAAAGUGAUCUGAAGACGAUUGGCGUUCUGUAUUGGAAGCUGGAUCCUCAGAAUUUCGACGAAGAUUUGGACCGUAUUCGAGUGCAGAGGAAUUACUCCUACAUGGAUGAAAUCAGGAUAGAACCAGAUUCUUUGGAGAACUACGAAGAAAAGUUGAAAGUGUUUUUCUCUGAGCAUUUCCAUCGUGACGAAGAAAUACGCUUUGUAUUGGCUGGAUCAGGAUAUUUCGACGUCAGGGAUAAGGAAGACAAGUGGAUUCGAAUUCUUGUCGAAGCUGGAGAUUUGAUCGUACUUCCAGCUGGCAUUCAUCACAGAUUCACGAUGGAUACUAAGAACUGCAUUCUGGUUAAGAGGUUGUUUGUCGGAGAGCCCGUUUGGUUGGCAAUUGGUCGGCCUGAAGAAAAUGACUUGGCACGCGUCACAUACCGCGAGCGUCUCAAAGCUGGAUUUCUAGAAAAGAAAAUUCCAAUGACGAAUUCUGUCUUCUCUGACUUUACAGGUCCGGCGGGGUGUAAAAUUGGAAUUAUGGACAAGGAAUGGGAUGAAAGUAUGCGUAUCGUGGCUGUGGACAACAUGGUCCGGAUGGUCGCUGCCGGACAGGACCCGCUCUUACCAGAAGAUUACAAGGCCAAGAUUUUGGGCUUGUCCACUCGGACUGCCAGCUCGCAUCCCAUUAGUUUAAACGUAGAGCCAAAGUUCGAGCAGAUUCUUGUCCCCCACAAGAGCAAGACGUUCGAUCCUGUGCAGCAUUUAAUUGAAUGGCAUAGGAUUGUUGUGAAUGAGCACCCUGGGAUUGUGAUCCGAAGUUCUUGA